ACUCCCAAGGGGCAUUUUGGAUUUUGCACAACUGUAAAGAUGCCAUAAGUACCAUCGGUGUAUAUUUAGUGCAGAUGCAAACGGUCUCUAUACGUUAACUGUAGAUAUACAUUUGUGAGGCUGCUGAUGAAGAAAAGUGGUUGCGGCUUGUUUCAGGAGUACGAGACUGCAGUUGUGGUGACUGACAUCCAAAGAGCGUUUUAUACAACAUGAAGUUUGAGGUUCUGUGCGGGAGCCACUACGAGGCGAAGCGCUUGGAGGUUUGCAGCGACGCGGAAAGAAGCGCACCUUCGCCCCAGUCGGGGGAAGAGGGACUCUGCUCCGAUGGCGACUAUAUGGCAAACAGUCCCGCACCAGCCGUAUCGACGCCAAAUGGAAAAGUCAAAUCUUACACUCGGAGACCCAAACCUCCAUAUUCCUACAUCGCCUUGAUUGCCAUGGCGAUUCGUGACUCAACAACCGGACGUCUUACUUUGGCGGAGAUCAACGAUUACCUGAUGAAGAAGUUCCCCUUCUUCAGGGGCAGCUACUCCGGCUGGAGAAACUCGGUCCGCCACAACCUAUCGCUAAAUGAUUGCUUUCUUAAAGUACUUCGGGACCCCUCCAGACCUUGGGGGAAGGACAAUUACUGGAUGCUGAACCCUCACAGCGAAUACACCUUCGCGGACGGGGUAUUCCGGCGCAGGAGGAAACGCAUCAGCAAGAAGUUCACCAAACCCCAAGAGGUCCUACAGAGCUCCAGCGACGAGGGUGUGUCGACCCCAAGCCCCAACGCGCCAUUUAAGCAGGAUGGAGGUGCUGCAAAGUUUUCUAGCUCUUUUGCAAUUGACAGUAUCCUCAGCAAGCCUUUCAAGAGGAGAGACGAUGGGAUGAGCAGGUUUGGAAGCCCCCCCAUCGGCCCGAUGAAGUGGCCCAGGAGUACUGACAUGAUGCCUUACGUAGUGAACUUCCCACCUGUGGCCGUUUCCCACCAUCCGCCGAUGCUCCAAGUCCGUUCAUACGGCGCUCAUUUGCUGCAUGCGUUCAGGUGUGAGCCGGCCGCUUUGGUGGAUUGCAGAGCAGAUCGCUUAAAUGCUCUACAGAUGACCUCGGACGGCUUACCGAUCACGGAGAUGUUCCCUUGUGGUCGAGCUCCCGCUUCUUCGAGAACGGACAGCUAUCGUUCAUUCAAAAUAGACAACCUGCUUUCUUAAAAUAUUGGGGACUUCUGUAGAACUAUUUGUAAGCACUAUACAUAUCAUCGGUUAACAAAACGCAAUUGAUUGUUUUGACAAGAUAUUAGCAAACGGUUCUAGAGACAAAACAAAACACGGAGAUUGUUAUACUAACAUGUCUUUAAAUUAUGUGGUAAGCUAACAGAGUGUAAAUAUAUAAGUAACUAGUGAUCUGCCACAUUCUUAAAAAUGUUUUUUCAUGGAUAUUGCGGCAUUUGUGUACCAAAAUGCAAUUGUAGAUAUCUUUAUUCAAGAAUAAAGAAUAAGAAUAAGUAUUGUGGUUUAAAUAUGUCAUAAUAAUGACAAUUUUCAAGCCGUACUUGAAUGUACACUCGGUCUAUUUUAGAAAAAAAAACACCAUAAAUGUUUUCACAUUUGUUUUUGAAACAUGAAUCAGAUUUUAUUUUUAAUAUUAAAAGUGGAAAAACUGCGAAAGAAUUUGUAGCUGUAAGUAUUUUCACUAUCUUCAAGAAAGUUGCGAUCGGAAUAAAACCGCCUUUCAUUGGA